GACCGUGAAUAUAUUCAUUGUGACCAAAUCUAAGGUAACAUCACCAGCAAAUCCGCUUGGAGAACCGCGACGACUCCGACGAGCGCGACGCGCUCUCGCUGACCUACUACUAGUAGUAUUUAGAACGCGCUCACUUGCAGGACGCGCUGAGCAGCAGGAGCUAGCUAGCUAGAGCUGGGGAAGAGAGCGGCCAUGGCGGAGAAGAGGGCGCACGCGAUGUUGUUCCCGUUCCCGUGCUCGGGCCACAUCAACCCGACGCUCAAGCUGGCGGAGCUGCUGCACUCGCGCGGGGUGCACGUCACCUUCGUCAACACGGAGCACAACCACCAGCGGCUCCGGCGGCCGCAAGGCCGGGACGGCUUCCGGUUCGAGUCCGUCCCCGACGGGCUGGAUGACGCCGACCGUGUCGCGCCAGACAAGACGGUCAGGCUGUACCUCUCCAUGCGGAGGACCUGCACGGCCCCGCUGGUGGACCUGGCCCGGCGGCUCGGGGCGCGCGACGGUGUGCCGCCCGUCACCUGCGUCGUCAUCAGCGGCCUCGUCAGCUUCGCGCUGGACGUCGCGGAGGAGCUCGGCGUGCCGUCGUUCGUGCUCUGGGGCACCAGCGCCGUCGGCUUCGUCUGCACGCUCCGGCUGCGCCAGCUACGACAGCGAGGCUACGCCCCGCUCAAAGACGAGAGCUACCUGACGAACGGAUACCUGGACACGCCCAUCGACUGGAUCGCCGGCAUGCCCACGGUGCGGCUCGGCGACGUCUCCAGCUUCGUCCGGACGCUCGACCCGACAAGCUUCGCGCUGCGCGUGGAGGAGGACGAGGCCAACAGCUGCGCCAGGGCGCACGGCCUCAUCCUCAACACGUUCGACGAGCUCGAGUCCGACGUCCUGGACGCGCUCGGGGACGAGUUCCCGCGGGUGUACACCAUCGGACCGCUCGCCGCCGCCAUGCACCGCCGGGUCGACCACGCGCACGGCGUCGCGUCAGGGCUGAGCCUCUGGGAGGAGGACGCGGCUUGCAUGAAGUGGCUGGACGCCCAGCCGGAGCCGCGCUCGGUCCUCUACGUCAGCUUCGGCAGCCUCGCUGUGCUGUCGCCGGAUCAGCUCGCGGAGCUCGCGUGGGGGCUCGCCGCGAGCAACCACCCGUUCCUCUGGAUCGUGCGGCCCGGCCUCGUCGGCGGCGACCGCGGCAUGGACGCCCUGCCGGAGGCGUUCGUCGCAGAGGCAAAAGACCGGUGCUUCAUCGCCGAGUGGUGCGCGCAGGAGCAGGUGCUGCGGCACCGCGCCGUCGGGGGCUUCCUGACGCACGCCGGGUGGAACUCCACGACGGAGAGCAUCUGGGCAGGCGUGCCCAUGAUCUGCGCGCCGGGGUUCGCCGACCAGUACAUCAACAGCCGGUACGUGAGUGGGGAGUGGGGCAUCGGGCUGCGCCUGGACGAGCAGCUGCGGCGGGAGCAGGUGGCGGCGCACGUCGAGGAGCUCAUGGGAGGAGGAGAGAAAGGUGAGGAGAUGAGGCGCAGCGCGGCGGAGUGGAAGGCUCGUGCAGAGGCGGCCACGGCUCCCGGCGGGUCGGCGUACGAGAACCUCGAGAAGCUAGUCGAGGAGCUGCGGCUGCAGAAACCGGACGCCGUCAAGCUUGCCACGGUCACGAAUGGCCGGUGACGAUUAUUGGCGCCGUGUCUAUUUUGGUGCAAGUGUUAUGCAGUCAGGUCCUAUGUUUUUUUACCGAUGUCAAAUUUGUCAGUUAUCAUCUUAUCUUGUAGGAGUAGUAAGAUCUAAUUCAGCGAUGAAGGAAAUAGUACAUCGAUCAGUACUGGCAUGUUUUGUUGAAACUUUGCAAAUUAAAUUACGCGCGUAAUCCACUACCUCACGUACA